UACUGCAAACAUUAAUGCUCAAUUCCGAUUUUUUGAAAAAAUUCGAUUUUUUGGCAAGGCCGUUCACAUUUCCAAUUAAAUGCGACCUUUUGUGAUCUCCUGUGUGAACGUCAAAUGACCCAGAAGUGACCCGCAUGCGCAGAAGAGUACUCAACGGUCAACGACGUCACUCGUUGUUUGCGGAAGUAGUUAACGUAAAAAUGUAUGUCAACAACAGUGUUGUGAACAGCGGAGCUCUUUUUGCAAAGUUAUUUUCCCAACGGAGCCAGCACAGUUUCAAUCUUCUCGCUUUAAGAAGAAAAUUAAAAAGAAGGAGGAGAGCAAGGUUUUUGGCCAUGGCGUUUUGUGGAGCAGUGUUAGCAACGUCGGUACAGAGAAACGUGUGGGUGCGGAGUCGCAGCCAGGAGUGGUGGGAUACUGAUGUGAGUGGCUUCACUAAUACAGAAUUCAUCAGUAACUUUCGAAUGACCAGAUUCACAUUCGAUUAUGUUUGUGAGCGCCUCCGAUUAACUCUGUCACGGGAAGAGACAUGUCUGCGGCGGCCCAUAACAGUGCAGAAACGCGUUGGAGUUGGAGUGUAUUGGCUAGCAACAGGUGCGUGCUAUCGUACGAUAGCUAACUUGUUCGGCAUAGCCAAGUCUACAGUCUGCUCCAUUGUACACGAGUUCUGCGAAGCAGUUCGCCGUGUCCUCAUGCCCCAGUACAUAAAACUGCCCAAAGGGGAUGACCUGCAAGAGGUCAUUGAAGGCUUCCAGCAGAGAUGGGGUUUCCCUCAGUGUGGAGGAGCUAUUGAUGGGAGUCAUAUCCCCAUCAUUGCUCCAGAGGAUAACCACGCAGAGUAUUUUAACCGCAAAGGGUGGCACUCAGUUCUGCUCCAUGGUGUCGUGGAUCAUCGGUUUUGCUUCACCAACAUCUAUGCUGGAUGGCCAGGGAGUGUCCAUGAUGCGAGGGUACUCCGGAAUUCCCAUGUGUACUCACUCGCAGAGAGAGGGGAGCUUUUUCCACCAGACACUGAGGAGAUAAUGGGCGUUCAAGUGCCAAUCAUGCUGCUCGGUGACCCGGCUUAUCCCCUUCGAAGCUGGCUGUUAAAAGGAUACUGCGACACAGGGACCCUGACAGCUGAGCAGAAGUACUUCAAUGAGCGCCACAGCAGAGCCAGGAUGACUGUGGAGUGCGCUUUCGGCCGACUGAAGGGCCGGUGGAGGUGCCUUGCUAAACGGCUGGAUGUGGACGUUUAUGGUUUCCACCAUAAUCAGUGCAUGUUGCACACUCCACAACGUGUGUGA